AUGGGAAAUGAUGAAGUUGUACUUACUGACAGCACGAAGAAAAUUAAAGCUAUAAUCUUAAUUGGUGGUCCAUGUAAAGGGACUCGCUUUAGGCCACUUUCAUUGGAGUUGCCUAAACCACUUUUUCCAAUAGCUGGAUUUCCAGUUGUUUACCAUCACAUCGAAGCCUUUUCCAAGUUACCGGGAUUGAGGGAAAUCAUUCUUUUGGGAUUUUACCAACCAAAUGAGGCUCUCAACCAGCUUAUUUCGAAUGCGCAGCACGAGUUUAAGGUUUCUGUUAGAUAUUUACAGGAGUUCACAUCACUAGGAACAGCUGGUGGUAUAUAUCAAUUCCGUGACCAAUUAUUAUCUGGAUCUCCGGAUUUGUUGUUCGUGAUGAAUGGUGAUGUAUGCUGUGAUUUACCUCUUGAGGAAAUGCUCGAGUUUCACAAAUGUUUGGGUACUGGGGAUCGGUUUCUAAUUAUGGCGACUGAUGCGACACGUCAACAGUCUAUGAAGUUCGGUUGUAUUGUUGAAGACCCCAACACCCAUGAAGUUAUGCAUUAUGUCGAGAAGCCAGCAACGUUCGUCAGCACAACAAUAAAUUGUGGUCUUUACCUAUUUACUCCUGGGAUAUUUAAAUUUAUUCGUAUAGCUUUUCUUGAACAUCAGAAUCAACUAAACUACGAUUUAAGACCUUCAUGCAAAGAAACUAUUCAUUUAGAACGAGAAAUAUGUCAACCGUUAGCUGGAAGUGGGACUUUAUUUGUUUAUCAUACCAAUCGGUUUUGGAGUCAAAUCAAAUUUGCUGGUGCUGUAAUCUACGCUAAUCGUCAUAUAUUGUCACUUUAUGAAAGAACCCAUCCUCAUAGACUUGCUAAAAUGUCAAUACCAAGUUCAUCAAACCUACAAAUGUUAGAUGAUCCCAUUAAUUCAUCAUUAGUUGUGAUGAAUGGCAAUUGCCAACCGUCGAUUUGUGGACCGAUCAUAAUUGGUCAUGUAUUCAUACAUCCAACUGCUUCAAUCGACCGAACAGCUGUUAUAGGACCCAACGUAAGUAUAGGUGAACGAGCUGUAAUACAAGCAGGUGUACGUCUACGAGAAUGCAUUGUACUCAGGGAUGUUGAGAUUCGUGCACACGCUUGUUGCCUGAAUGCAGUAAUUGGAUGGAAUACAGUUAUUGGGGAAUGGGCUCGUGUCGAAGGUACACCCAAUGAUCCUAAUCCUAAUAAGCAAUUUACCAAACUUGAAGUUUUACCUGUUUUCAAUGUCAAAGGUCAACUAAAUCCAUCCAUUACUGUGAUUGGCUCCAAUGUGGAAAUUCCUCCUGAAGUUAUUGUUCUGAACUGUAUAGUUCUACCACAUAAAGAAUUAUCACAAAGCGCCAGAAAUCAAAUUAUUUUAUGAUAUACAUGUCAUCAAUUUAUAUUAGUGCACAAAUGUAUGUGUGUACGGGAUACAAUAUUGUGUAUACAAUUAAAGCAACUACCAACUAAUUUAUCUCAACUGUUUAUUUUCAUAUGUAUCUAUUAGGCGGUUUGGUUAAUGUUUGAAAAAAAAUUUAGGAAAGUAUGUACAUUUUUACUUGAUACUUAUUUCUCGAAAAAAAAACUAUAUUCGUGAC